AUGGCGGACCCUUUCGAAGUGCGCCAGCGCUUCUCAACGCUCCUGUCGCACCUCAGCGCGUCGCACACGGCGAUCCAAAAAGCCGCCGUCUAUGCCUUGAAGAACCGGGAUAUGGACGAGGACUUGCACUCGUGCAUCCUCGAGCAACUAGAGCGCACCAACAUGAACACGCGCGCCAACAUCAUGUUCUUCAUCGAGGCGCUGUGCGAAAUGGCUGUCAAGGACGGGAGCCCAGCGACAGGGGAAGGGAGCGCAAUGGGAUUCGUGAGGAUGCUGCAGAGGGACGUGUUGAGGGUUGUGGAGUGUGUAGUGGGUGAGGAGGGCGCGAAUAUUAGGGUUGUUCGAAAGGUCCUCCAUACCCUCCAGAAACUCGCCAUCCUCCUCCCCGAGACGGUCUCCGAACUUGAAACCGUCCUCAAAAGCCGCGAGCCAGACGAUCCCUUCACUACUUCGCCCGCCAACAAUGCUGCCUCCAAGACCGCACGCCUGGACAAGCGCCAGAUCGAGCACCGCAUAGAAGAAGACCGCGAGCGUCAUAAGAGGUUACGAGAGAGUAUUUGGGCGGUGCCGGGCCAGGACGAGCAGGAGAUGGAUAAGCUGUGGGAAGAGGCGAGUGAUAUUGGCGAGGAUGAUUAUGUGGUGGGAAGAGAGGAUAGAGAGGAGAGGGAGCAGGCUAUUGCUUUUGGAUGA